ACGUCCCCAUAGUGACGUCCCUGUACCGACAUAAUAGUUCCCGAUUGGAUGAAACUCUGAUUGUUGAUGAUUGGGGACAGCUGAUAUACGUCAAACGCACUAAAUAAAUCAUACUAUAGCUAUCAUUGCUGGCAACUUCUCAAACACUAUUGUCUCUCAGCUGUUCGUGGUUUUUAUUUGUCCACCAUCCAGGGAAUGGCACUGAUUAUUAUUACUGGUUCAGCCUUUAGCGUACCUGAACAGUAACUGGCUUCGUAAAAUUUUCUUUGGAUUAAUGUAAUAAAAUAUUCUAUUUGAAAUGAUUUCCAGCUCUAAAUAAACCUAUCUUUGAAAUUUUUCGCCUGAACUGUUUCCUUUGUAUAUAUGUGAUGCGUGACAGCUUUGAAGCACCAGUUUGGUUUCGUGCUUCACGGUACGCGAUAUUUAUAUUCUGGAUUCAUGAAUUUGUGUUCAGAGUAGGAAUAAGUGGAAAAAAUCGUCAACAUAAAACGGACAAUGUCAAAUUUCCGUCAAAUAACUGGAGAAGUUGAGUUUUUAUCAUGAACGUAUUGCGAAUUGCGAUUUGCUAUUUUUGAUCCUGCUAACAAGUGAAGGAAAAAUUAAAAUACCAAUAAAAUGGUUCGGGUAAUGUCUGUUCACCAUUUUGCGAGUCAGGACAUUCAUACAUGUGAAGAUCCUCUAGCAGUAACUACUGCUCCACCAGACCUUCUACUCUUGGCUUUACCUCAACAUAUUGUAGAUGUUCGUGACUUAAGUAAAGGUGGUACCACUGCAUUUAUGUUCCCUACUGUGGAUGAAGUUCAAGUUUUGGUUCAUUGUUGUACUGGAAAUUAUGUUGCUACUUUGGAAAGUAAGCAGACGCGCCAAGGAAAGGAAUCAGUAUAUGCCCGCAUUUAUGCGAACUGGGAUGCAAGCCCACACUAUGAUUUAAGCACUCAGCCCAUGAGAGCUCGAAUAGCUGGAAGAGUAACACCUAGUAGUGCACAGUCUGGUACCAGUGGCUUGGAAAUGAUAGAACUACCUCUCAAGAGACUUCCUAAUGCUUUGGCAUGUUGUCAGAUAACUGGAAAUUUGGUUCUUGCAUCACAAAUGACAUUGACAUUAUAUCAUUUUCAAGUACGAACCCAUGAUAUAUCUCGUUUAAAAUUUAUUGACUUUGAAGAAUCUCCUGUGGGCCUCGAAAUAAGUUUUGUACCAUGGAAACUCGAACUUUGUGAAAAUGUUAUUGCAUGUAUGUCAAAAGAAAGUCUUCAUGUUUUGAGAGUUUGUUAUGGAUCAGAUAAGUGGCCAACAGUUGAAGAGACAAAUGACACUGCAACUGAGAGCUCAGAAAUUGUUGCUGAUGAUCAACCCAUAGAUUGGGAUGAAAUAUCUAAAAAUGAGAAACAGAGGAAAGCGUCUAAAUUUGUUCCAUCAAGUUCUAAGCAGAAGGAGAAUGUAAAUAACAAUAAUAGUGGAAAAUCAGUGCCAAUAGUCACAUACUUACCAGGCAUAAUGUCUGGAAGGAACAAUGAUCCAUGUUCCACUGGUGGCGAUGGAACAUAUCGCCAGAGUCCUUUUAUUAUUGCACCACCAGGAAUGAAUGUCAGUAGUACAUCUCCAGCAACAGGCUGGACAGAAGAAAGUCGAAUACUGCAUCUUUUACAACUUCGUAUUCCUUCUGUACCAAAUACUCCAAGUCUUCAACAUGAGUGUGUUCCUAAUGAUCAGUUCCAUUGUCUAGUUCUCAAACCAUUAUACAUUCAAGAUCCUGCUUGUGAUGUUAGUACUGCAGACAAACAUCAAUCUGGUGGACAUCCAAUGUCUUCUGUUUUCUCAAAACAUUUGUGUGGUGUAGUGUGUCUAGUUACAACACAUCAAGAAGGAUAUUUGUACUAUUUUUCAAUGGACUCUGCAUCUACAAUGCUUCAGCAAGCUGCAUGUGUGACAGUGUACCCUUUUACUGCACCUGUCUCAUGUGUUGUGUUGGAAGAUUGUCUUCUUCAUGCUCUUACUGACACUGGGUUGGAAACAUACACUCUUCGUAUUGGUCAUUACAUGCCAUCCUUCAGUCCGGAAGAAGCAAAUGUCACUCCCGCUUGGGCAGAACCAGUUUGUCUUGUUGGGUUGCGACCUUUCUUAGGCGUGGAGCAUCUCUUGCUUUCAAAUUCUUAUCUCCUUUUAUUGGCAUGUUCAGAAAGUUCAAGUAAUAGCAGUCUUGAUUCUCAAGGCAGUAAUUGGACUUUGUAUUCGUUGCAAACUCCUAGUCCUCUGACCUUGUAUGGUGAUAUCAUGAGUGUUGGAGGAAUGCAUCGGUGGACAAGCCCUGGAACUUACGGCCACCUGCUGGGAGAAGCUCAUUUAAUAUUGAGAGUUUCUCGUGCAUUGUUGCAUUGGAAAGCUCAUCAAGAAUGCGCGAUACCAUACCAGCAUUUAAGUGAUAGAAAUCAUAUGGAUGAUUUGUACAAAGAAUCUUGUGCAUUAUUAGGCGAUUACUACAUUACUGGCUGUACAGAUGAAGAUAGGGAAAUUGCUAUUCCAUGUUACAAAUUAUCAGGACUUAGUCCUAUAGAAGUUGUUGAACGUGUGAAGAAGAUUGACAUUCCUGAAGAAUUUGUGUUAGCGACAAAACAAUACUUGGUAAAAGGACUGAUGAGAUAUUUGAAAGAGAGCUUGCUGCAUAUGAACUGGGCAGAAAGUAAUGCAAACUUUACACCAGCAAUUCCUAGCUUUACAAAUACAUUACUUGAUCUUUUCGAGGAACAUGACCCUGAUGAGGUGUCUUGGUUAACAUUAAGAUCCAGUUUGCUUCGAGAGUAUGCCACUGAUAGAGUUCUUAAUAUUAUGAAAAAACAGCUUUGCACAAGACUUUUGCCGAAACCCAGUGAUGCUGUAGCUCUGGUUUUAUUAUGCAUUCAGAAAGGCUCACCGGGUCAGGCUGUUGCAGUCUUAGACUCUUUACCAGAAGAACAGUUAAGUGAUAUUUUGCUCUCAAAUAGCUCUCUUCUCUUUGAGACAACUUCAAGUAUUCCCAAUGUGAACAUGCCUACGGGGCUCAGCAUGAGGACAGAAACUGUUCUAACUUUUUCGGAACUAUCAGUUGUUUUGAUGGAUACCAAACCUGUUGUACUGGCUAAUAUCUUAUCAACAUUGGCAAUUUUGACAAACCAGAAAGUAACUUUACAUGACAUUUUGAAGGUUUUCCUUGAGUACAUUCCAUCAAGAAUUGGAAUAACAGGAUCAACUGCUAGUCUAGUUUUACAAAUAUUUUUGGAAAAGUACUUUGCUUGGUAUUUUACGCUUCCAACUACAUCAUAUGAUGCCCCUACUGUGGAAGCAUUGAAAAUAUUAGUUAGAUCAUAUUUGAGUGAUUUACAAAGAUGUGAUAUACCUAACUCUGCGAGAAAACUUAAUAGUGAUUCUUCUUCAAUAAAGCAGCAAAAUAAAACCCUUUCUGUAUUACUGAAGCAAUCCUCAAUAUUAUUUAUUGAUAAGCAUUUGCUGUUUUUGCAAAAAAUGCCUCCAUUUGCUCCUAGCCUGUCAAAGAAACUCAUGUCCAUGCAAAGUGGUAAAAAAGAGACUGAACACACAUGUAAUGAAGAUAAUUCUCAAAAUAGUGAAAGUCUAGUUAAAUUACAGGCAUUACUGUGUUCUUCUCGUUUACCAAAGGAGUGCUUAGUUGAAGUGUACCAGUUUGUUCAGUCUCAUCCUCAGCUGUAUGGGAAUCUCAGUCUUCAAGUUCUGUGUUUACCAGCUCGAGAAGGAGCCACAGUUCUUAUGAAUUUUUGUCCACAAGUUCUGUUGCAGUUUGCCAAAAAUAAAUUUGUUGCUGAAGUGGAAUGGAAAUACUUGCUACUCCUCCUACAGAGAAAAAUAUAUGCUUUACCAGAUGAUAAUGUUGUGAAACCAUUGUAUGUCCAAGUCAUGAAAGAUUGCUUGUCACAUCUCUCCACCACAUUACCUUUAGAAGAAUUUUGUAAAGUCCUUCCUCCAGGAACGGAAUCUUCUUACCAACAGUUCAUACGAGUAUGCCAACAAGUCAGUCAUGCUAAUCACAUUUUGACCCUUAUCAUGGCAACUGGACAGCAACUAUUGAGUACUCUUCAUCUAUGAGAUGUUCAUGUACUGUUCAUGACUACCAUGCUCUUAUGUCAGUAUCUGUGCACAUUUGUAUUUAUAUCAACUGAGAAAUAAAAUAUUUGUUGGAAAACUGAAA